AUGAUUAUAUUAAGUAAUAAAACGAAUAAGACUUAAAAAAUCUUAUAUUAUUAUUAUUAUUAAAUAAUUAUUUCUCAUUCAAUUCAAGAAAACAAUUAGCUAGUUGCAACCUUCACUUUCUUUUUUUUACAUAAUAAUUUCCAAAUAUAGAGUGUUUUAGGAAUUAGCUACUUCGUAAAAACAAUUGCAAGACUCAAAAUCAAAAAAAUCAUCUAAAUAAAUCCCAGAAAAACUUUGUUUUCAUAAGAAAUAUCAAUCAAACCAAUAUCUAAAUAUAAAAAUAAGCUUAAACUAAAUGCUGUUAAAAUUCCUUCAAUAUGUAAGAAUAUAAUCUUAUCUGAUUUAGAGCAUUAUUUAUAUUUUUAUAUUAAAUAACAUUAGCUUAUACUACUGAAAGAUAUUAAUAAGCACUAUAAGAUUUAUUAAUUCUAGAAUAGUAUUAAUACUGUAUGGAAAAACAUAGUUCUACAAAUAUCGAAGAUAAUAAAUUUUAUUUCUAGUUUCUCUAGCUUUGCUUUUACAUUGCUUUAAAUAGCAGCGCCGAAUAAAUUAAAUGAUUUUAAUAAAAAGCUAAUACAUAUGAAAAAUAUUAAAGAAGCAAAAAAAGUGGUUAAAAUACUCCUCAAAUUUUCUAUUUGA